UGCCCGAUCUUCGACGCGUACGAGCAGUUCUCCAAGAUGCCGCAGUGGGCCGAAUACAUGCAGGACUACAAGAAUUUCGUGUCGCCGUACCAUCUCCAGCUCGACCGCGUGCAACACCUGAGGAGCUUGCUGGUUGAGAGCGGCCUCACAGUGAAGACGUGUCGUGAGGAGAAUGACUUCGCCUUCUCUUCCCCACACCAGCACGAGAUUAUAGACUCCUUGAAGGCGGUGAUCCCGUUCACGGUGAGAAUGCCUGCAGCAGUACGAGAGAACUACCUCCAGGGGAUAGUCAGUGCUUGCUACGCCAACGGGUCACUCAGCGUCAAACCUGGGAUAGGUACCGGGGAAGCAGACCUGCAUCGAUGGAAUUUCAGCGUGUUGGUAGCGCACGCCGUGAAAACUGACGAACAAAGGCACCAAGGUGCCUAGGCG